AUGAAGAGUCCCUACGUUGCUACGAGCGCGCUGCGGCAUGUGACCCAUCAGGAGAUCACCAAGCUCCAACUCCCGGAGGACCGCGACCUCUACAGCGCCACGACCGCGACGAUCCUCUACGCCCAGGGCGUCGCGUUCAGCGCGCUGGGCCGGGUCCCGGAAGCCGAGGCCGCCCAGAAACAAUUCGAGGCAGCAGGCGCGAGGGUCCCCGACAGUCGCCUGAACAGUAUCCCCUGUAAGCAGGCAGACGUCUUCGGCGUUGCCUCUGCCAUGCUCGGUGGCGAGCUGGAGUACCGCAAGGGGAACUUCGAGGUUGCCUUCUCGCUCCUCAGGGAGGCUGUCCAGCGCGAGGAUGCCUUGGCGUACUCUGACCCGCCACCGUGGAUGCAGCCUGUCCGCCAUGCCCUAGGAGGCUUGCUGCUCGAACAGGGCCGCGUUGGCGAGGCGGAGCGGGUGUUCAAGGAGGAUCUGGGGUUUGCAGCGGACUUCCCGCGCCGUCGGGCGCAUCCCAACAAUGUUUGGGCAUUGCAUAGAUUGCAUGAGUGCCUUGUGAGAUCCGGUAAGGCCGAUGAGGCGUUACCUCAACUGUACGAUCUGGACACUGAACACCUCAGCGACCUCGAUUCUGCUGCCCUCAUACUGUCGAAAAAGAUGUGUGUCAACGUUCAGCCAAUAUGCAAUGCCUGCAGUACCAAUGCCAAGGAAGUUGAGCUCCACGAAUGCAUUUUCCGCGACUGUCAAUACCCCGAGGAAUGCACACGGUUCCUGAGCCGCCGCGAGCUUCUCGAAUGGGAUUGCGAUACCCCGGGUUGCGGUCUUAACAUGGAGAGCAUCGACGAUAGGCUCGCUGAGAUUGAUCGAAUGCUUCGUAUGGAAAUAGACCUGCCUCUCAGGCCAGCCGAAGGCGACUCCCUCGGAUCCCAUGACGACAAUCACGACGGACAGGCCAGUCCAAACUUUCAUGGUUUCGACGGGGAUGGCACUUCACUCGCACGCGACGAAACAAGAAGCGCCACUGGAGUCAACAUCACGCCCUACGACGAUCACACCCCCAACGACAGCGUUGUUGCCAACGGAAAUGUCUCUGCCAACGACCAUGUUGCUGCCAACGAUAGCGCAAUGGAAUGCUUCAACGUCCUUCACCGAGGCUAUUGGCCUGCUGGGUCUGGGAUUGGGGUUUACGUCCUGGCCCUGCGGAUCUGCAAGACCAAGAUCAUCGUAGGUCUCCCCUCCGAUAAGGAUGAGGAACUGCGCGCGAUAGACGGGGGCGACGGUGGCUCGGUGGCGCGGCGUGAAAAGGCAAGUGGGCCGUGGUUUCGUUCUCGUCUGGGAAAUGAACAGGACCUUGCAUAG